GACACAGGAGGGGGUUCUCCCUGAGCAAAGCGACCAGGCCCGAGGGCGGGGAAGGGAGGAAGGGAGGCGGGGCCUGAAGUGGGCUACCGGGAGCAGGUGCGGGCCCGGGGGCUAGGUGAGCCCCGAGCAACCUCCCUUAGGGGACGGGUUGUGUGGGCAACACGGUUUUGGAGCGACCCACGGACAGAGUACCACAGGAAGUAACCCAGUACAAGUCCGUGCACCUCUCCGAGCGUCAGUUCCUCAUCUAUAAACGGGAGUAACAAUCAUAACACCAUGCACAAGACUGCUGUGAUGUUUCAGUUCGCUGAGAUGGACUUGCUCCCAGCCGCCCGGCCGCCGCCAGUCUAAGCCAUGGGGCGCCGCGCCCUCCUGCUCCUGUUCUUGGCUUUCCUGACGCCUGGGGCUACCAUUCCCGUACCGCCGGCCCUGAGGGCUCUCAGCAGCCUGCACUUGACUACUACCUCCACUUCCCGCCGCCCUGUAGCAGUGGAGUACUCAGUUCACUACAUCCAACAGAAGGUUGAUCAUUUUGGAUUUAAUAUUGAUAAAACUUUUAAACAGCGGUACCUAAUAGCUGAUAAACACUGGAAGAAAGAUGGUGGAUCAAUACUUUUCUACACUGGUAAUGAAGGGGACAUUACCUGGUUUUGCAAUAAUACGGGGUUCAUGUGGGAUGUGGCUGAGGAACUGAAAGCUCUGUUGGUGUUUGCUGAACAUCGAUACUAUGGAGACUCCCUACCCUUUGGUAACAAGUCAUUACAGGAUUCCAAACACUUGAAUUUUCUGACAUCAGAACAAGCUUUGGCUGAUUUUGCAGAGUUAAUCAAACACUUGAGAAGAACAAUCCCAGGAGCUAAAAAUCAACCUGUCAUUGCCAUAGGGGGCUCCUAUGGUGGCAUGCUUGCAGCCUGGUUCAGGAUGAAAUAUCCUCAUAUGGUGGUUGGGGCUCUUGCAGCCUCUGCUCCCAUCUGGCAAUUUGAGAAUAUGGUGCCUUGUGGUGUAUUCAUGAAGAUUGUAACUACGGAUUUUAGGAAAAGUGGUCCAAAUUGUUCAGAAAGCAUCCGAAAGUCCUGGGAUGCCAUUAGUCGACUCGCAAGAACUGGCUCUGGCUUGCAUUGGCUUUCUGAAGCCCUUCACUUAUGCACCCCAUUAACAAAUUCUCAGGAUGUUCAGCAUUUGAAGGGCUGGAUCUCUGAAACCUGGGUAAAUCUGGCAAUGGUGGACUACCCUUACGAGUCUAACUUUUUACAGCCUUUGCCUGCUUGGCCUAUCAAGGUAGUGUGCCAGUAUUUGAAAAAUCCGAAUGUAUCUGAUUUACAGCUGUUACAGAACAUUUUCCAAGCUCUGAAUGUAUAUUACAAUUAUUCAGGCCAAGUGAGAUGCCUGAAUAUGUCUGAGACAGCAACUGGCAAUCUGGGAUCCCUGGGUUGGAGCUAUCAAGCCUGCACAGAAAUGGUCAUGCCCUUUUGUAGUAAUGGUAUUGAUGACAUGUUUGAACCUCAUUCGUGGGACUUGAAAGAAUUUUCUGAUGACUGUUUUAGACAGUGGGGGGUGAGACCGAGGCCCUCCUGGAUCACUGCUGUCUAUGGAGGCAAAAACAUCAGUUCACAUACAAACAUCAUUUUUAGCAAUGGUGAACUAGACCCCUGGUCAGGAGGUGGAGUAACCAAGGAUAUCACCGACACCUUGGUUGCAGUCACCAUCCCAGACGGGGCCCAUCACCUAGAUCUCCGAGCCAGCAAUGCCUUUGAUCCCACGACUGUGCUAGUAGCCCGCUCCUUCGAAGUUAGACACAUGAAGCAAUGGAUCAGAGAUUUCUAUGCCAGUCUGACAAAGAAGCCCUGAGCAAUUUCGGAUAAUUUUCAGUUCCUUCUUUAAUGUUCAUUCCGUCCACGUUCCCAUGCACUUUGGUUUUCUAUAUGUAAUUACUUUCCCUUGUUUAUCAUUAAAUUUGACGGGGCAAAGGGUAAGAUAGAAGAGAGGGUAACAGCAGCCAUCCUACACCUCAGUUCUUGCCAUCUUUGUGCCACCUCCAGGAAGAAUCUUUGUGACAGCUUUCCCACACCAUCAGUGGCCCUCAUAACUGGAGCAGAGUUCCUGACUGCCUUUCACAAGAGAGAGUCACUUCCUUUGUUUCUCUGCAAGCAUGGAUUUCUCUUGGUUUUGAGGUUGAACUCUGUUUGGCCCAUUUGUGACUUCCCACCCCUCCCCUCCCAAAAGGAAAAGCAGAAGAUAGAUAAAAGUGAUGUAAUUGCAGCUGGUAGGAAGGAUGUUUGAUGCCAAUCCAGGAAAUGGGAGCCAUUUCUUUUGUACUUGAUUUAAUGACUUUGAACUGUGCUGUAAAUAAAGAAUGAGGCUGGACCUUA